AUGCAGUUAGGAGAGCAGCUCCUGGUGAGCUCCGUGAACCUGCCGGGCGCGCACUUCUACUCGCUGGAGAGUGCUCGAGGAGGAGGUGGCGGAGGAGGGGGAGGUGGCGGGAGCGUCAGCCUCCUCCCCGGUGCUGCUCCCUCGCCCCAGAGGCUGGACUUAGACAAAGCGUCCAAGAAGUUUCCGGGCAAUCUCCCCUGCCAGGCGGGGAGCUCAGAACCAGCAAGCGCCGGCGCGGGGCCCCCCGCGGCCAUGCUCAGUGACGCAGACGCCGGGGACACCUUUGGCAGCACCUCGGCGGUGGCCAAGCCGGGGCCCCCGGACGGCCGCAAGGGUUCCCCGUGCGCUGAGGAGGAGUUGCCCUCAGCCGCCACCGCCGCGGCCACCGCGCGCUACUCCAUGGACAGCCUGAGCUCCGAGCGCUACUACCUCCCGUCGCCGGGACCGCAGAGCUCCGAGCUCGCCGCGCCCUGCUCGCUCUUCCAGUACCAGGCGGCGGCCGGAGCGGCCCACGGAUCCGUGUACCCCGCUUCCAAUGGCGCGCGCUACCCCUACGGCUCCAUGCUGCCCCCCGGUGGAUUCCCCGCCUCCGUGUGCCCGCCCGCGAGGGCGCAGUUCGGCCCCGCCACGGGCUCGGGGAGCGGCGCCAGUGGCAGCGGCGGCGGGGCCGCCGGUCCUGGAGCCUAUCCCUACGGCCAGGGCUCUCCGCUCUACGGGCCGUACGCCGGACCUGCUGCGGCCGGCUCUUGCGGAGGACUGGGGGGCCUCGGGAUGCCCGGCUCUGGCUUCCGCGCCCACGUCUACCUGUGCAACCGACCCCUAUGGCUCAAAUUCCACCGUCACCAAACUGAGAUGAUCAUCACCAAACAGGGCAGGCGCAUGUUCCCUUUCUUGAGCUUCAACAUAAACGGACUCAAUCCCACCGCCCACUACAACGUGUUCGUGGAGGUGGUUCUGGCCGAUCCUAACCACUGGCGCUUCCAGGGGGGCAAGUGGGUGACGUGUGGCAAAGCCGACAAUAAUAUGCAGGGCAACAAAAUGUACGUUCACCCAGAGUCUCCUAACACUGGUUCCCACUGGAUGAGGCAGGAGAUUUCCUUUGGGAAGUUAAAGCUCACCAAUAACAAAGGCGCAAACAACAACAACACGCAGAUGAUAGUGCUGCAGUCUUUGCACAAAUACCAGCCACGGCUGCACAUUGUGGAGGUGACAGAGGAUGGCGUGGAGGACUUGAAUGAGCCUUCCAAGACCCAGACCUUCACCUUCUCAGAGACGCAGUUCAUUGCAGUGACAGCCUACCAAAACACCGAUAUUACUCAGCUAAAGAUCGACCAUAACCCCUUUGCCAAAGGCUUCCGGGACAACUAUGAUUCCAUGUACACGGCUUCAGAAAAUGACAGGUUAACUCCAUCUCCCACGGAUUCUCCUAGAUCCCAUCAGAUUGUCCCUGGAGGUCGGUACGGCGUUCAAAACUUCUUCCCGGAGCCUUUUGUCAACACUUUACCUCAAGCCCGAUAUUACAAUGGUGAGAGAACCGUGCCACAGACCAACGGCCUCCUUUCACCCCAACAGAGCGAAGAGGUGACCAAUCCUCCCCAGCGGUGGCUUGUCACGCCUGUCCAGCAGCCUGUGACCAACAAGCUAGACAUUGGUUCCUAUGAAUCUGAGUACACUUCCAGUACCUUGCUCCCAUACGGUAUAAAGUCCUUACCCCUGCAGACAUCCCACGCCCUGGGGUAUUACCCUGACCCAACCUUCCCUGCAAUGGCAGGGUGGGGAGGCCGAGGCACUUAUCAGAGGAAGAUGGCAACUGGCCUACCGUGGACAUCCAGAAUGAGCCCCCCUGUGUUCCCAGAAGAUCAGCUUGCCAAGGAAAAAGUCAAAGAAGAAAUUGGCUCCUCCUGGAUAGAAACCCCCCCUCCCAUCAAGUCUCUAGACUCCAACGAUUCGGGGGUGUACAACAGUGCUUGCAAGAGAAAGCGCAUGUCUCCAAGCACCUCCAGCAAUGGAAACUCGCCCCCCAUAAAGUGUGAGGACAUUAACUCUGAAGAGUACAGUAAAGACACCUCAAAAGGCAUGGGGGCAUACUAUGCUUUCUACACAACCCCCUAAGGAGUUAUUUGAACCCCUAAUGGUUUCCAGGUGGACCUGGUGGUGUUUCCUUGUUUUCUUUGCCUAGGUUACCAAAAAGACUUUUACCUUCCACCCCUGAUGUGUCCUGUUUUGUGCAAUUCUCUGAGAGAAGGUGCCAAAGCUUUGCCAUUUCAGCAGGUAACUAACUGAAGCAAACCUAGCAGCCCCCCCCUUUGUAAAAUAAAGUUAAUGGAGGACUCGAAAGUGUUUUAAAAUUCAAAGGUUGUUCAAGGUGCUGGAUCUACUUAUGGAAACAAAAAACAUUCAGAAAAGGCAGGCUAUGAAGAUUGAGUACCAGGAGCUAUCAAAUGAGUUUUAAAAAGCAAAAAACUUUGGCUCCCAUUUUUACUUGUAAAUCUUUAAGCAAACGCAGCCCAGAGUGUUAAGGUAUUUUUGCUUCAAGAAGAGAAGGGAUGGGCCUUGAGUUUGAACCGUGGGCUCUUCAUUGGUAUUUUCUGCCUGUGGCUAAAGAGUCUGGGCCUGAGAGUCAAGGGGGAAAUACUAACGGGGAAGUGACUAGCUAGUCUUAGCUGCCUAUAAUUCUUUGCAGGAUUUUGGAGUAAACCGUUUGUCAUAGGGAUGGGCCUGUGUUGCUGGGAUGACCUGUGGAAGCCAGAAUGGUCAGAGACGAAGGGAGAAUUUUCAGUGUACAGUUGUGUGUUUAGACACUGUAGAGUAAUCUGGAGUAUAUUGUACAAAUUCAGCUGCCUAGGUAUCAGAGAUAAAACAAUGUGAAAUUGGUGCUUUGGCUUUGUAAAGAAUUUGCAGAAACACAACUGCAGGGUUAAGAGGGGCCUCAGUAUCUUGGGGAGAUUCUGUCCACUUAGUUAGUACUCAGCGGCCUGUGUACUCGCUCAACCACGCUUAAGGAAAAGCCACCCUGUUUAAUCCUCCCUUCCUUGGUCGUCCCCACUUCUCCCUUCAGUAAAUGUGAAGAAAUUACAGUCUGACGCCACGGCUCCUGUAGGCUUUUUAGAGAUUCUGAAUUUUUAUGUACAGUCGUAAGUCAUUUUUAAUAAAUGUUAUUCAAUAAGG